AAUAAACAAAAAACAAUGAAAUUCAUUGCUUUUCAUUGAAAUGAUAUGUUUUGUUACGACAAGUGAUUGAAUGCUUUGUUAUAAUUGCCAUUCAAUUCAGUCAAUCAAUCAGUCAUUCAAUUAGACAUUACUUUAAUCUCAAUGUGUUUUUGCGAUCGUUAUUAACGCUAAUAGCGAUUAGUCUAUGAUUUAAGUGUGCAUUGCAUGCGAUUGUCUCAACUCUAGUCCCACUCACGAGUUAGUGGACACACACUGUCUGUGUGUCCGAAGACAUUAGCAUUGAGUGCGAGUUUGCGAUCGAUUGAGAGCUGAUCCGGAAGAAUAUGGCGAACGACCAGUCAUUUAGUUAUCGUUUAGUGAAGAUAUCGCUAAUUAUAUUGAAUUCAUUGGUUGUCAUUGGAUUCACGUUAAGUCUGUUACUCAUUGGCCACCACUUGGACUCAUCGGUCGUCAUAUUUGUACUCAUUAUCGAAUCCAAUUUCGUGGCGGCGAUUGUGGGCGCUAUACGUGAGUCGAGGCCACUGGUGUUGACCACCGGUUCCAUAACGUUAAUGAUAUUACUGUUGGCGGCAUUUUCGCGGACCGAACGGACACAGAACACGACAUUCACUUUACUCUACUUCUUGGCGAUUGUGAUGCUUUCGUACGCCUUCUCAGCGAUGCUUAAAGAGCGCCAAUUGAGAGGCGUUUUGGGACACCGAUCGGCCGCUAACGGCGGUCGCCAACUGAGCGCAGCGGCCACUGCCGCCAGCGAAGCGCCCUUCGCGGCGGUGAUUGUGUACGACUCGCCGGCGCAGCACUCACUACAAGUAGCCCUUCCGAUGUCACCGCAUUCGCCGCUUCCCGACUCGGAGGCCAACAACAGUUUCAAAGACCCGCCGCCGCCCUAUGAGGAGUGUCCGCCCCCUAAGUACGAAGACGUGACGACAAUCGACAACAACAGACCCCCCUUCUAGAGCUUAACGCCUGUUAUUCGUUGGACUAUUUCAUUGAUUUGUUAUGUUUUUUAUGUUCACUUUAUUUUUCCCUACAUUUUGAGAAUUGUAUGCCUUUUUGUGAUAUAAAUGACACGCAAUGUCUUCAAAAUAAGUCUUUAAACAUUUUACUCG